CCUAGAGUUCCAUACUUCGCUGAGAUCCCGUAGUUCUUCGAAAACGUUGUUUCAGAGUAUUUUAUGCUAUAAAACCCUAGUAUAAUAGUUAAGAUGUUUUAAAAUGCGUUGUUCUAUUCAGAAUCAGAAGCCCUGUUCUGUAUCGUGCACGUCCGAAAGACUAACAUUAUUAUAGGGGGCGUACUGUAGUUUCGUGCGAUCACAAUCGUGAGCCACGCCGCCCCCGUACUAUAAGUGUAUCGAUGAACUCCAUCCUUUUCCUUUCUUUCUCUCCCUUCUCUUGAGCCACCCCCAACCCUUCUAGGUAAUAUCGUCCUUAGGUAUCUGAUCGCUCGUACUUAUCGCAAAUAUGCGCGCCUCCUUAGCUUCGCUCGCGUUCCUUUCCGAGCUGCUCACCGUGGCCCUCUCGGCCGACGUAGACGCUUGGAAAUCUAGGAACAUCUACUUUGCGCUGACAGACCGUGUCGCUCGGAGCAGCGAUGACACUGGAGGCAAUGCAUGCGGUGACCUCUCGACUUACUGUGGUGGCACUUUUAAGGGCCUCCAAUCAAAGCUCGACUACAUUGCUGGUAUGGGCUUCGAUGCUAUUUGGAUUACACCUGUAGUUACAAACAGCGACGGGGGUUAUCACGGAUACUGGGCGACGGAUCUAUAUGGCAUCAAUUCGAACCAUGGUACAGCGGACGACCUGAAAGCUCUGGUUAGCGCUGCGCAUGAAAAGGGCAUCUACAUCAUGGUUGAUGUGGUCGCGAACCACGUGGGCCCAUCCAACCUCGAAGAUCGCAAGCCAGAGCCACUAAACCAAGCCAGCUCCUAUCACUCGCAAUGCGAUAUCAACUAUUCCGACCAGAACAGUGUGGAAAACUGCUGGAUCGCUGGCCUGCCUGACCUGAACACGCAAAGUUCAGAGAUCCAGACCGUCUACCAGGAUUGGAUCAAAUGGCUUGUAUCGGAGUAUAGCUUCGACGGUGUUCGCAUCGACACGGUGAAGCAUGUCGACAAGGACUAUUGGCCGGGAUUCUCCAGCGCUGCCGGAGUCUACACGAUCGGCGAGGUCUUCGACGGUAACCCGGAUUACGUCGCGGGCUACGCUAGUCUCAUGUCUGGAUUGCUGAACUACCCCAUAUAUUACCCGAUGAACAACUUCUACCAGCAGACGGGUUCGAGCCAGGCCCUUGUCGACAUGUUCAACCAGGUCAGCUCGUCAUUCCCCGACCCUGCGGCGCUAGGCUCGUUCCUCGACAACCACGACAAUCCGCGAUGGCUAAGCUCGAAGAACGACCUUGCUCUGCUCAAGAACGCUCUCGCCUACGUCAUCCUUGCUAGGGGUAUUCCUAUUGUGUACUACGGUACAGAGCAGGCGUACGCUGGUGGUAACGACCCCGCCAACCGUGAAGACCUCUGGCGCAGCAAUUUCGAUACCAAUGCCGAAAUCUACCAAGCCAUAUCUAAGCUAUCCGCCGCUAGGAAAUCGGCUGGUGGACUAGCUGGUAACGACCAGACCCAUCUGUAUGUUGCGGAUACUGCUUACGCCUGGAGCCGAGCUGGUGGCAACCUAGUUGUUCUCACCACCAACAGUGGAUCUGGAUCGAGCGGACAGCACUGCUUUAACACGCAGGCUCCUAACAGAUCGUGGAACAACACUUUCAGCACUGGAUCCUACACUUCGGACGGAGACGGAAAUGUGUGCUUGAAUGUUAGCAACGGCGAGCCAGUCGUGCUAGUUGCAUCUUAAAAUCGCGCGCGGUGUGGAGCAGCUGAAAUACUACCUUAGAUGCCUGCCUAUUUAGGGUACGCGGGGACAAAAUGUAACAGUAGCGUGUUUAAUGUAUAUAGGACUUGGUUUGAAAUAAAAUAACAAAGCUGAGCUACUAAAUAAAGCAAGCCUUCCAACAUA